AUGCUGCAAAGCAAUGUGUCGCCUGGGAUAAUGCAGACAGUUACUCGUCAGCUGUCGUUGAACUACAAGAUCCAGCAUGCCCGGAUGAAGGGCCCAGUGAAGGACAUUUUAUUGCAACUAACAACCCGUGACCACCAGAUCAGUGCAAACGCUUAUCCGUUCUCUGGUGGUCCUGAGGUUGAGCCCAGUGUCUUAGAGCUUGCUACCACAGCAGAACUGGUCCAUAGUGGGAUAUUAGCUAUCACCAACCAGCAGGGGUCACUGGAGACCCCCCUGUGGUGUCCCAGCUGCAGUGACCUGUGGCAGGCAGGAUGCAGUUAUGAAUGCAGGACACCAGGAAACCACACAGCAGCCUGCAGGACCAGGAAAAUGCAAAAAUGGAUGUACAAAGGACGCUUGUUAUCCCUGGAGAUGAAGGAUCGCAUCAUUGGGUCUUCUCAGAAAGCCGGAGGGCCCUGCAAACCGGAGGCCAGCCGCACACCCAACAGCAUAUCUGAGCUUCUCCAAGAUCGUUCACCUACAUCCCAAAAGAUGCCUGGCGACAGCCCCCCUCUGACAGAUUUCAUUGAAAACGCUUAUACCUCGUCCAUCAUCAGCCGGGAUAUUAAGGUCACUGUGGUGAAUGAGCACAAUCUACAGAAGACCCAUAUUACAGUGUCCAAAAAACGCAACUGGUUAAAGCAGAGCACGCACCGGUAUCUGGUCACGGAUGGCCGCAAAACGAGUUAUCGGACUUCUAAUUCUUUCCACGCUGGAAUGAGAGCGUCGCAGUCCCAGGUGUCCAGCGCGGUAUUCAGAAAAGAGACUGAGAGCGUCGCCUCUAUUCCAGCAAGUUCUUUAGCUUUGUCCGGCCGCGGUACAGACCGCGGGGAUGAUAAUGAUGCAGACGAUGAAGGAGAAAUUUGGUACAAUCCUAUCCCUGAAGAUGAUGAUGCCUACGUCUGCCGCAAUCCGUCGUCUUCUCCGGCCACUUGUGAACCAGCACACAUCAUGGCGGAAGCACCGGGGAAACCUGACAGACUUCCAGGUCCAAGUGACCGGCUGCCGAUGUCUCCAACCAGUGAGCACAGCACUGGGGUCAUCUCGGAGACCACAGACUAUAGCGUGCAGCUGUGCAAGCAGACGUUUGUCUACAAGGCCGCAGUGGGGCCGGUUGUAGAGGACCUACCAGCAUACAGACCCCACGAGCCCGGUCUGGGAGUUCACAGCGUCCCGAAGGCUAAUUUAGCUUCACCGAUUGAUUUUUCCCCUCCUUGCAGUCCCAACCCAUUAAAGAAAGGAGGAAGCAUUAAUUGGUCGCUCCCGGAUAAAAUUAAAUCCCCGCGGACGGUCCGGAAGCUGUCUAUGAAAAUGAAAAAAUUGCCGGAGCUCAGCAGAAAGCUGAGUGUCAGAGGGACGUUAAAUCCCGCCAGCGGAGAGCAGCCGCCUUCCACCUCUAAGAGAGCCUGCCAGGACGCAAGCCACGUUGCCUCGCUAUCUCCUGCCGGACAGGCAGCGGCCGCCAGCAGAAACGUCAUCAGUCGGUAUCACCUCGACAGCAGCGUGUCUUCCAGCUACAAGAAGAAAAGUUCAGGCACUUCCAAGUCCUCCAGUAAGGGGGGUUAUCUCAGUGACGGAGACUCCCCCGAACUUAUAGCCAAGUCUGGUAAACAUGGGGGGGAGAGGUCGGCAAAGGGAAAAGAGCCGCUUUCCAGCAACUAUGCAAAGUCCGACUUAGACGUUGACUCGUUUCGACACUACAGUUUCUCCGAUCAGCCCAAGUGUUUUCAGUAUGUGUCGGGACUCAUGAGCGUGCAUUUUUACGGGGCGGAGGAUUUAAAACCACCUAAAAUCGACUCAAAGGACGUGUUCUGCGCCAUACAGGUGGAUUCAGUGAAUAAAGCCAGGACCGCCUUGCUGACCUGUAGGACUUCGUUUCUCGGAAUGGAUCACACGUUCAACAUCGAGCUUGAGAACGCCCAGCAUUUGAAACUGGUUGUGUUUCGUUGGGACCCAGCCAACAAGAAGAACCGGGUUUGCUGCCACGGGACCGUUAUUCUGCCUGCACUUUUCAGGGUGACAAAAACCCACCAGCUGGCGGUGAAACUGGAGCCCCGCGGCCUGAUCUAUGCAAAGCUGACUCUCAUGGAGCAGUGGGAGAACUCCUCAGACCGCCUCGGGGUGGAUCGCGAGCCGGUCAUAUUCGGGGUAGAUGCCCGGCAGGUGGUGGAGAAGGAGAACGCGGGAUUAAUGGUUCCGCUUCUCAUGGAGAAAUGCAUUGUGGAGAUUGAGAAGAGAGGUUGCCAGGUGGUGGGGCUGUACAGGCUCUGCGGCUCUGCCGCCGUGAAGAAAGAAUUGCGAGAGGCGUUUGAGAGGGACAGUAAAGCAGUCAGACUGUGCGAGAGUGAAUACCCGGACAUUAACGUUAUAACAGGAGUACUGAAGGAUUACCUCAGAGAGCUUCCUUCCCCGCUGAUCACAAAGCAUCUGUACGAGGCUGUGCUACAGGCCAUGGCUGAGAAACCUCUUAGAAUGUCCGGGAAUGGCUGUGAUAAUGACCUGCGGGACUCUGAGGACACCGUGGAGCUUCUCAGCUGCCUGCCCCAUGUGGAGAGGGCCACCCUGAAGAUGCUGCUGGAUCACCUGAAGUUAGUUGCUUCCCACCACGAAGUAAACAAGAUGACGUGUCAGAACUUGGCCGUCUGCUUUGGUCCAGUCCUGUUGAGUCAGAGGCAGGAGACGUCCAAUCACAACAACCGGGUGUUCAUUGACUCGGAGGAGCUCGCCAGUGCCUUAGAUUUCAAGAAACACAUUGAAGUUCUGCAUUAUCUGCUGCAGUUGUGGCCAGUAAAGAACGACUCCCCCAGAGAAGCCACCCACAGUAAUGGCGGGAAGCAGCCAUGCCUGCGCAGGAAAAAGCCGCGGCCGCAGAUGCUCAUUCUCAACAGCUCAGAAGUGUCCGGAGUGCUGAGGCCCAGAGCUGCCCGUCUGGACAGUCCGUCCAGUAACCGCUAUGCCGGAGACUGGAGCAGCUGCCGGGGCGGCCUCUUCAUAGGCCCCACAGAGGAGUGUGCGGAUGGACUCUCGGAGAACAGCUGCGUCCGGACGGAGGAAGACGCGCUCAGUGCUCUGGUCAGUGUGAGUGCAGGACAUGUGUCUGAGGAGGCGGAUGUGAAUCUCCAGGACCUGCAGGAAAGCAUUGACACUUUGCUAGGAAACCUGGAGAGAGAACUCAGCAAGAACAGACUGAACGUCACUUUCUAACCGUGUUCUUCACGUCAUUAUCUCUUCUCAUUAGAAGAAUAAUUCCCAAGUAACCCCCAGAGGGUCUACGCGUGUACAGCGGCCUGGUGGCCUCGCCCGCACGGCACGGUCUGCCUCCGUUCUUCCUGCCGGUGUGAAGCAGGAAGUGGUUAUUUGGUACGUAUCCUCUUGGAGGAGGAGAGUGGCUGCCGCCUCAAGUGGUUUGCUUUGUGGUCAGGUCUGACCCGUCCUGACGUGGCUGCUGGUCUGCCAGUGACACUUUGUACUCUUACAGGACUCGGCGUGGCAGCGGUCGCUUACUGGUCUACUGCGGCCUUUCUGAUAGUCUUGUGAAACUUCCAUAAUGGGGAGAAGGAAGGAGGGAGGGG